AUGAAGAAAACCUCUUCCACUAACAACAGCUCUACAAGAACAACUACUGCAAAAACAAGUUCCUCUUCGCCCAUGAUGGGAAAGACUGUGGGAGGAACAUUGUCGUCAUCAUCAAGUGCUUCAUCAAGGAGUCGAUCUCAAUCCGUUGGGAAAACAACGCCUCAUUCAUCGAAUCGGUCGGCAACAUCAUCAUCCUCAGCGGUUCCUCAACAACCGCCAGAAUCAAAACAUCAGGUCAAGAGAUUCACCCAGGAACGAUACGACAAGCAUAAAACAGCCAAUCCAUUUACAGCAAAAAACAAGUUCAAAACAACCUUCGGAGGAGUGUAUGAAGCGGGAGGAAUUCCCUGCAGAAUACAUCAUACGGCCGCUAAUAUGCAUUUGAAAUGGGAUCAAGACCCACAAGGCAUGUUUUCCUAUGACCCAUUAAUUAUUACAAUUGCAGAUGGUCUGCGAGAAACCGAUCAUCCGUACAUUAUCAUCGUUCAAAAGGCAAUCGUGGAUUUGUGCUCAGCGCCUGGGGCGAAAGAGAAAAUCGAGCCUUUGUUAAGACAAAUUGUUUCGUACAUUCGAUUAGCUCUACAAAGCAAGGAGGAAGUUGUCUUUGAUAAUGCUUUACUGGCAAUCACCCACAUUGUAUCAUGUGUUGGAAGCUCUCUCGCUCCUCAUCUCUCUCAAAUAUUGGUGCAAAUCAGCAAGAAAAUAUUUGAUAAAAAGUACGCUCCUCGAAUAUCAGAUCUGUUGAGGCACAUUGACAGAUGUUGCGAGAGCGACGAAGUUGUCAGAUUAAUCAAGGCGAAAGUGCCGACCUUCAUCUCUGUGCGAUAG